AUGCAGGAGGGCAGGCUACCCAGCAGCAAGCUGGGGCACCCCGCUGCCUGGCAGGGAGCAUCUGGGUCCACAACAAAGCCCGACGACCCCGGCUCGGUGAUCCUGCCCCUCGUAUCACUGAGGCUCGAAGUUGAGCUAGGUGUCCCGGGCCGCCGGUGUGCCCCGGGGCCCUGGCCAGCCAGCAGGGGCGGGGGCCAGCUGCGUCACCGCCUGCCCGGCCCCCCGCCCCCUACCCGCCCAAACUCCACCCCGAGGGAAGGCGGCGCGGAUAAAGGCUCCGGGGCCGCCCGCCCGGCCCCAGACCGGCCUGGCCACCGCGCACUGUCCCCGCCGUCGGUCGCUCGCGCGGAACCACAGGGACCCAAGAACUGCCGCGCCCGAUCCUGCGAGCAGCGGCUGCCGCGGCUGUUGCUAAGGGAGGGGACGCGCCGGGUAGCGCGACCCGAGCAGCAUAAGCACCGAGCCCGCCUGGCCAGGGCAGCCCCUCCUCAGGGACCCGCGCCGCACCAGGGUCGCCACCCAUCGCCCUCGGAGGAACUGCAAGCCCAGACCCCACCCCGGGGCGCAACCCGAGAAGCCGACGCGACCUCUGAGCGCCACUCGGAUUUUUUAAUUUCCGACUCGCUUUUCACCGCUGGGACCUGCCCGAGGGACAAACGCACUGCCCCCCCGCCCCCCAAACACCCAGAGAAGAAGAACCCCGUUUUGGGAGAGUCCGGGUCCCAGAGGCGCGGCGAGGAUUGGCGGAGCCCCGCGGCCCCCAGCCCCCCAGCGCUCGCCGGGGAUGGAGCCGCAGCCCGGCGGCGCCCGGAGCUGCCGGCGCGGGGCCCCCGGCGCACGACGGGGACCCGCUACGACCUGUCGGUGCCCCCCGACGAAACGGUGGAGGGGCUGCGCAAGCGGCUGUCCCAGCGCCUCAAAGUGCCCAAGGAGC